AUGCUUUUAUGGGAGGUGGGUUCAGAAUCAAUGCAGGAUUCCAUGCUGGAGGAGACAGAAAAUGGCACGUUUGUGGCCAACUUGACAAAGGACCUCAGACUCAGGGUGGAAGAGCUGGCGGCAAGACGUGCCCGGGUUGUUUUCAAAGGGACCAGACAGCAUUUGCAGAUUGACCCACAGACCCAUGAUUUGCUGCUAAAUGAGAAAUUGGACUGGGAGGAGCUGUGUGGUUCCACUGAGCCAUGUGUACUACCUUUCCAAGUGUUACUGGAACAUCCCCUGCAAUUUUUUCAAGCUGGAUUAAGGGUCAGAGAUAUAAAUGACCAUGCCCCAAAGUUCCCCACCAAAGAAAUGCUCCUGAAAAAUAUCAGAAAUUACUACAUCAGGAAAGAUAUUUCCUUUGAAAAUGGUAGCAACCACCUUCAGAGCUACACAAUCACUCCUAACCCCCACUUUCAUGUUCUCACUCAAAAUCUCAGUGAUGGAAGAAAGAUCCCUCAGCUGGUGCUAGUCAAAACAUUGGAUCGUAAGAAGCAGCCCCACUUCAGCUUAAAUUUAACCGCGGUGGAUGGAGGGACUCCUCCCCUGUCUGAUACUGCAGAAAUUCAGAUCGUAGUCUUAGACAUCAAUGAUAACACGCCUGAGUUUACUCAGGAGAUCUAUGAGGUGCAAAUCCCCGAGAACAACCUCCUAGGCUCCCUGGUUGUCAAAGUCUCAGCGACAGAUUUAGACGCAGGGUCCUUUGGGGAGGUAUCUUAUGCCCUAUUUCAGAUAGAUGACAUUAACCAACCCUUCUAAAUAAACACAAUCUCAGGAGAAAUUCAACGGAAGAACAUGGAUGUUGAGGCUACAGAUGGAGGUGGACUAUCAGGAAAAUGUUCCUUAGUCAUCAAGGUAUUGGAUGUGAAUGACAAUGUCCGUGAAUUGACCAUGUCUUUACUUACCAGUCCCACUGAAAACUUGCCAGAGGUGAUAAUAGCAGUGUUCCAUGUUUCAGAUGCAGAUUCUGGAAUUAACCAACAAGUUAUUUGUUCUAUAGAUGACAGUCUUCCCUUCUUACUAAGACCGUCUGUAGAGAGAGCGCUAGACAGAGAAAACAGAGCUGAAUACGUCAUGACCGUCACCCUUACUGAUUUGGGUAUCCCCAAGUUGAAAACAGAACACAAAAUAACCGUACUGGUCUCUGACAUCAAUGACAAUGCACCCAUCUUCUCCCAGAAUUCUUAUACUUUGUUCAUCCGUGAGAACAACAGACCCGCGCUGCACAUGGGCACUGUUAGCGCCACAGACAGAGACGUCUGUGGCACCAAUGCCCAAAUCACCUACUCGCUGCUGCCGCCUCUCGACCCACACUUCUCCCUCGCCUCCUUGAUCUCUAUCAAUGCAGACAAUGGGCAUCUGUUCGCUCUGAGGUCGCUGGAUUAUGAAGCACUGUUCCGUGGCGCGGCAGAUGCAGGCUCCCCCGUGCUAUGCAGCGAGGCGCUGGUGCGAGUGGUGAUCGUGGACGACAACGACAACUCGCCCUUUGUGCUGUACCCACUGCAGAACGGAUCUGCGCCCUGUACCGAGCUGGUGCCCAGGUCGGCCGAGGUGGGCUACCUAGUGACCAAGGUUGUGGCGGUGGACAGUGAUUCGAGCCAGAACGCCUGGCUGUCUUACCAGCUGCUCAAGGCCACGGAGCCAGGGCUGUUCAGCGUGUGGGCGCACAACGGCGAGGUGCGCACCGCCAGGCUGUUAAGCGAGCGCGACGCCACCAAGCACAGACUGGUCGUGUUAGUCAAGGACAAUGGCGAGCCGCCAAUGUCGGUCACCGUCACGCUGCACGUGCUCCGUUUCUUACAGCCUUAUCUGCCGCUUCCAGAGGUAGCUCCCGAAGAGGCCCAGGCAAACUCGCUAACCAUCUACUUGGUCAUUGCGUUGGCGUCUGUCUCCUCGCUCUUCCUGUUUUCUGUGCUCCUGUUCAUUGUGGUGCGGCUGUGCAGGAGAAACAGAGCCGCCUCAGUGCGGGAGGGCCACUUUCCGGGACACUUGGUGGACAUCAGCGGCACCGGGACCCUGUCCCAAAACUACAAGUAUGAGGUGUGUCUGGCAGGGGGCUCACAGACCAAGGAUUUCAAGUUCCUGAAGCCAAUUUCCCCAAACUUCUCUCUCCAAGAAACAGGGAGGAGUAAUUGUUCUGUACCCAAAGGAACAAUGGAUACGUCGCUCACCAAAGAACUGCGGAAAAGGCAAGUGGCCGCCAUUAUUAUUCUAUUACUGUGGUGGGAGGCGGGUAGUGCAACCAUUAAGUAUUCGGUCCUAGAAGAGAGGGACAGCGGGUCAUUCGUGGCCAAUCUAGCAAAGGAUCUGGGACUGGGCUUAGGUGAGCUGGCUGCGCGGGGGGCCCGGAUCCUUUCUGACGGGAGCAAACAUUUGCAGCUCCAGCUGAAGAAUGGGAAUUUGCUCCUAAAAGAAAAAUUGGACAGGGAGGAGUUGUGCGGUGACACAGAUCCAUGUAUACUGCAUUUCCAGAUAUUAUUGAAAAACCCGGUGCAAUUUUUUCAAGGUGAAUUACAGGUUCAAGACAUAAAUGACCAUGCACCAGUAUUCUUGGAAAGUGAAAUCUUGUUGAAAAUCUCAGAAAACAGCCCGCCAGGAACUGCGUUUCCCUUGAAAAUAGCUCAAGAUUUGGACGUAGGCAGCAACACAGUUCAGAACUAUACGAUUAGUGCCAAAUUCAAUUUCCACCUUUUCACUCGUACUCACAGCGAUGGCAGGAAAUACCCAGAACUGGUGCUGGACAAAGCGCUGGAUCGGGAGGAGCAGUCUGAGCUCAGGUUAACCCUGACGGCGCUGGAUGGUGGGUCACCACUCAGGACAGGAACGUCCCAGGUAGUCAUUCUGGUCUUGGAUGUCAAUGACAAUGCCCCUGAAUUUACUCAGUUGCUCUAUGAGGUGCAGGUCCCAGAAAACAGCCCAAUAAAUUCCCUUGUCAUCACAGUCUCCGCUAGAGAUUUAGAUGCUGGAACCCAUGGGGAGCUCUCCUACUCGUUUUUUCAUCCUUCAAAUCAAGUUGUUCAAGUUUUUGAAAUAAACGCAGUCAUGGGUGAAAUUCGACUUAAAAAACUGCUGGAUUUUGAGGAAAUUAAAUUUUACAGUAUGGAAAUUGAGGCAUCAGAUGGUGGGGGUCUUUCCGGAAAAUGCACUGUAGCUAUAGAAGUGGUGGAUGUGAAUGACAACGCCCCCGAAAUCACCAUGUCACUACUUAUCAAUGAUAUUCCGGAAAACUCCCCGGAAACUGUGGUCGCCAUUUUCAGAAUUUCAGAUCCUGACUCUGGGGACAACGGAAAAAUGAUGUGUUCCAUCCAGGAUAAUCUCCCCUUUCUUUUGAAGCCUAAUGUAGAUAAUUUCUACACCCUGGUAACAGAGAAACCACUGGACAGAGAGACCAGAGCAGAGUACAGUAUCAAUGUCACCGUCACAGACUUGGGUACGCCCAGAUUGAAAACAGAACACAAACUAACCGUGCUGGUCUCUGACGUCAAUGACAAUGCACCCACCUUUGCCGAGAACUCUUACAUUUUGUUCAUCCGCGAGAACAACAGCCCCGCGAUGUACCUUGGCUCAGUCAGCGCCACUGACAGAGACUCAGGUACCAACGCCCAAAUCACCUACUCAUUGCUGUCGCCCCUCGACCCGCACCUCCCCCUCGCCUCCUUGGUCUCCAUCAAUGCAGACAAUGGGCAUCUAUUUGCUCUGAGGUCUAUGGAUUAUGAGGCCCAGCGAUCAUUCGAGUUCCGCGUGGUCGCAACAGACGCAGGCUCCCCAACGCUGAGCAGCGAGGCAAUGGUGCGUGUGGUGAUCGUGGACGACAACGACAACUCACCCUUCGUGCUGUACCCACUGCAGAACGACUCUGCGUCCUACACCGAGCUGGUGCCAAGGGCAGCAGAGGCGGGCUACCUGGUGACCAAGGUGGUGGCUGUGGACGGAGACUCAGGCCAGAACGCCUGGCUGUCCUACCAACUGCUCAAGGCCACCGAGCCUGGACUGUUCAGCGUGUGGGCGCACAAUGGCGAGGUACGCACUGCCAGGCUUCUGAGCGAGCGCGACGCGGCCAAGCACAGACUGGUUGUGUUAGUCAAGGACAAUGGCGAGCCUCAAAUGUCAGCUACCGUCACACUGCACGUGCUCUUUGUAGAUGGUUUCUCACAGCCUUACCUGCGGCUCCCGGAGACGACCCUCGAUGAGACUCAGACCGACUCGCUCACUGUCUACUUGAUCAUUGCGUUGGCAUCCGUCUCGACGCUCUUCCUGUUCUCAGUGCUCCUGUUCGUGGUGGUGCGGCUGUGCAAGAGGAAUAGGACCUACUUGGGUCGCUGCUCAGUGCCAGAGGGCCACUUUCCGGGCCACUUGGUGGACAUCAGUGGUACAGGGACCCUGUCCCAGAGCUACCAGUAUGAGGUUUGUCUGACAGGAGGUUCUGGGGCCAGCGAGUUCAAUUUUCUUAAACCUAUAUUCCCCAACUUUUUGGUUAAAGAAACUGGUAGGGAUACUGAGGGAAACGAUGAGUUUAUAAAUCAUUUGGGGUUAAAUUAG